GGCACGACUGCAUUAAAAAAGGGCGAAAAUUACUGAAGUGCUCAAUUAAUUCAAGUGUGUGCCCUUACCGACAAAACACUGAUAGACAAUGUCGCAGAGCAGAAUUACCGGUAGUAAAUACACUCGCAAAUUAUACUUUGAUCCUAGGGCGGAUGAACCAAUCGCCGAUGGAUAUUGGAUGACGGAUGACGAGCUUUGCGAAAAAUUGUCAAUCUUGAUCGACACGGACGAAAAGAUCCAAAAUACGUCCAUCUACAUCAAUCCGCUCUAUUCGUGGCAGUUUAUAAACUUCAACCUUUGUCACGCGUUCGUUAUAAUACAAACGUUGAACUGGUGGUGGUCGAUCGAGAAAAACACCGAAUGCAUCACGAUUCAACGCUCGAGGGACAUCGAGAGUGUUCGUGACAUGGACCAAAGGAAGAAACGGACGACUGGGCUAACUCCGUGUGCGUGGAUACGUCCGAUCAAAACGACUCAAGGCAACAAUGUAACAAUCAAAGAACUCAUCAAUUACUUUUGGAGGAAAGAUGUUUUGAACAAAGAUUACCACUUCCUCACGGCGAAUUGCCAAGAAUUUGCUCUUAUGAUUUUUGCCCGAAUCGAAUCGUAUGACCAUCAGGUCUAUUUUGACGAGGCUGCCGAUCAACACGACAACGACAACGAUGCCGAUCAACACGACAACGACAACGAUGCCGAUCAACACGACAACGACAACGACAACGAUGCCGAUCAACACGACAACUACAACGACAACGAUGCCGAUCAACACGACAACGACAACGACAACGAUGCCGAUCAACACGACAACUACAACGACAACGAUGCCGAUCAACACGACAACGACAACGACAACGAUGCCGAUCAACACGACAACGACAACGACAACGAUGCCGAUCAACACGACAACUACAACGACAACGAUGCCGAUCAACACGACAACGACAACGACAACGAUGCCGAUCAACACGACAACGACAACGAUGCCGAUCAACACGACAACGACAACGAUGCCGAUCAACACGACAACGACAACGACAACGAUGCCGAUCAACACGACAACUACAACGACAACGAUGCCGAUCAACACGACAACGACAACGACAACGAUGCCGAUCAACACGACAACUACAACGACAACGAUGCCGAUCAACACGACAACGACAACGACAACGAUGCCGAUCAACACGACAACGACAACGACAACGAUGCCGAUCAACACGACAACUACAACGACAACGAUGCCGAUCAACACGACAACGACAACGACAACGAUGCCGAUCAACACGACAACGACAACGAUGCCGAUUCAACAAGUGGUUUCUAUAUGACAGUGGAUAAGGCUUUAGAUGAGAUACGACGCUGUGGCGGUUCAGAGCCUUUUACUGAACACUUGGAGUGUUACAAUUUAAGAAUUCCAUUCAAACAAUAUCUCUGUUAUCCAGACGUGCAGUUUAAUAUCCUCUUCUGGUUCUUUCUUCUACUUAUAAUUAUUGGUUUUAACAUUAAAAAAAUUGAAAGUUUCUCAGAAGCGAUAAAGGGUUUGUUUUUGUUCUGUUCUAUGAUUUUAAGCCUGCUUUUGCUAACUAUCAUAUUCUCUAUUGACUGGCGCGAUGGGAGUAAAAAUUACAUCGUCAUGAUUUUUGAAACGCAGGAGGGAUUUUACUGGUCGUUGGAGCAGUUAGGGAGAAGAUUGGUUAUUCACAGGGCCAAAAAUAAAGACGUCCUUUUGAAUGAAUGUCAGCGACAUCCACGAUGCACUUCGUUGAAAGACGAAGAUUCAGAGAUCGUCGUCGGAGAUUUAGAAUGGAAGGAUAUGAACGAGGUAAUGGAAUAUUUAUGCAAGAAAUUUAAGAAUAAAUACGGCGAAUUUGCGGUGGUCGUCGGCAUUAACGAUAUAUCUUCACUGUACAAAAAAAGAAAAAGAAAAUUGCGUAGGGAAACAGUUGAUGUUUAGCGCACAAUGAAAUUUCGCACAACUUGUUUACAUUCACCCGAAAAUAUCGUGUGCCUAUUGGCUGAAUAAGCAUCAGCAACAAUUCCGAUAUUAUUUCUAGCAAUAUUCUUUUUUUUUCCUCCUCCUCCCCUUGCCCUCCAUGGAUUAAAUGUCUAAUGCGAUCUAUGUGCUUCUGUUCCAGCCAAAUGUCAAUUUUGUAGUUUAAAGGUGGUGAAUACACAAUUAGUUCAAAAUCAA